CCUUGUCAAAGCCGCCUACCAAACCAUAGCUAGCUUGAUAUCCAUUCAGGAAGAAGUGGGUCUGAUUAGCUUUGCUAGCUUAGAUUGCUAAACAUCUUUAUAGUGCAAAAAUGGCGUCGGUCAACCCGUUUAAUCUCAGUGAUUCUGAGGAAGAGGCUGAACGGCGCCCCAAUGAAACAAUUCACACAGAGAGAAACCCGAGUGAAGGGGCGCCAGGGCCGCCACCAGGUAAUCCUUUCUCUCCGCCUGCGGACGCCGAGCCACCGACGCUUCUGCUGUCUAGCAACCGGACGAGCCCCAGCGGUGAGGGCUCGGUCUCGGUCGCGGCCACCUCCGCUAUGGCAGGCACCGCCGAGACACGGAUAUCAGUGGAUGGUAUCGCUGCUCAGCUAUUACGGGACCAAUACAUUCUCACGGCCCUGGAGUUUCACACAGAACUGUUAGAAGCAGGCAGAGAGCUCCCGAGGCUGAGGGAUUAUUUCUCUAACCCUGGGAACUUCGAGCGACAGAGCGGCACUCCGCCUGCCAGGGACCAGGUACUCGGACCUGGAGGACCACUGCAUCGAGCAGGCAGCAUCAGCACCUUGGACUCUCUGGACUUUGCCCGUUACUCAGAUGACGGCAACCGAGAGUCGGACGAGCGGGUGGCAGUGCUGGAGUUUGAGCUACGGAAAGCAAAGGAGACCAUUCAGGCUCUGCGCGCCAACUUGACUCAGGCAGCAGAGAGCGAAGUGACCUCUCAGGAGAGAAAAAACUUCAAGUCAAGUCCUGAAAUUCAGGAGCCUAUACGCCCACUGGAGAAAAGAGCCUUGAACUUCCUUGUGAAUGAAUAUUUAUUAAAACAUGACCACAAACUCUCAUCCAUCACCUUCUCUGAUGAAAACGAUGAUCAGGACUUUGAGUUGUGGGAUGAUGUCGGCCUCAACAUCCCAAAACCCCCCGACCUGUUACAUCUCUACAGGAACUGUGGUGUCUCCGUCCCUUCUCCUCGGGACACGGUUGAUGUGUCAGUAGGGGUGGACUUUGGCGAUCUUCCAGGAAAUUGCAUCGCCCAAGAUCCCCCAAAGAAGCCUGACCUCUUACAUCAGCAACAGACAGAAGUUGUCCAGGAGUUGGAGUACCAGAUAAGCCUCCUCACCAAUGAGAAGCAGAGCCUAGCUGAGCAGAUCAAGAAACUGCAGAGUGAGAUUCAGACACUGAAGAGGACUGUCUCCUCCCCACCUCCGGCCACUCUGGACCUGGGCUCCCACAAUAUAUCGAACUCCACAACCACCACUUCCUCCAUCGACCCUCUCGCCGUGCCUCCUACAGAUAACGGCCAGUAUCUGGACAUCCGGAGGGUUUCAGAGCCUGAAACUAACCCAGACCCUCCCUCUUCUCAGAAUAUUUCACACCCUCACCCACAGUCCCACAACAAGCUUAAGAGUCGGCCUCCUGUCCAGUUUGAUCAACCUAACAGAAAGUUAUCCCCGGCCUUCCAGCAAGCCCUGCUGUCCUUCUGCAGAAUGUGCUCCGACAGCCGCCUGGGAGCAGAGGUGUCUCGUAUAGCAGACAGCGAGGAGAGUGUGAUGUUAAUGCUGGGCCGCUGCCUCCCUCACAUCGUCCCUAACGUCCUGCUUGCUAAACGAGAGAGAAUGGUUGCACAUCUUUGCCAGGAGUUGAUCCCACUCAUCUUAUGUACCGCCUGCCUUCACCCAGAGCCUAAAGAGAGAGACCAGCUCCUCCACAUCCUCUUCAACCUAAUCAAGAGACCAGAUGAUGAGCAGAGACAAAUGAUCUUGACAGGGUGUGUUGCGUUUGCAAGGCACGUGGGUCCCACACGUGUCGAGGCUGAACUACUUCCUCAGUGCUGGGAACAGCUGCCAGAAGUUUGGAGGCUGAGAAAGACCAAUAGCGGUUUCCACAGGAUUAACCACAAAUAUCCAGAGAGGAGAUUGUUGGUGGCAGAGUCCUGUGGAGCCUUAGCACCAUACCUGCCUAAGGAGAUCCGUAGCUCCUUGGUUUUGUCCAUGUUGCAGCAGAUGCUAGCUGAGGAUAAGGCUGACAUGGUCAGAGAGGCUGUGGUCAAGAGUCUAGGUAUCAUCAUGGGUUACAUAGAUGACCCUGACAAAUACUCCCAGGGUUUUGAGCUGAUGCUGCUGUCACUUGGGGACCCAUCAGAGCGGGUGGUCAGUGCAGUCCACCAGGUCUUCAUUCCUGCCUUUGCUGCCUGGACCACAGAGCUGGGCACCCUGCAAACUGCACUCAUCCCUUCUCUAUUGGCACGUAUAGAGAAACUACUUAUGCAAGGAGAGCACGGUCUGGAUGAACACAAGCUACACGUGUUCCUGUCGGCCUUGCAGUCUCUCACCCCUCCUCUGUUUGCUGUGGUGCUGCAGAGCGCACCAUUCACCAGCAGAGCCAAACUCACCGGAGACAUACCUGCAAUAGAGGUGACCCGGUUCCCCAGGCCAGCUUCUCCCCUCCAGGACGUGGCGACCAUCAUCGGCAGCAGGGAGAUGCUGAGUGCCCUGCUGCUACUCUACGACUACCAGCUAGAACAUGAAGGAACCACCGGCUGGGACAGCCUGCUAUGGGUGGUCAACCAACUCCUCCCGCAGCUCAUAGAGAUCGUGGGUCGUAUCAAUGUGACAUCAUCGACCUGCGUACAUGAGUUCUCUCGCUUCUUCUGGAGGCUCUGUCGCACCUUCGGCAAGAUUUUUACCAACACUAAGGUUAAACCACAGUUUCAAGAGAUCCUCCGACUAUCUGAAGAGAAUGUUGAUGUUUCAGCAGGGAACGAUAUUCUCACUAAAGCUACAGUCCCCAUCUAUGCCACUGGAGUACUUACUUGUUAUAACCAGGAUGAAGAUCGCAAGUUGUUGGUGGGUUUCCUGGAGGAUGUUAUGACAACCCUGUCUCUGUCCCAUGCACCUCUUGACAGCCUGAAGGCCUCCUUUGUAGAGCUGGGUGCCAACCCAGUGUACCAUGAACUGCUGCUCACUGUUCUGUGGUAUGGGGUAGUCCAUACCUCUGCACUAGUACGGUGUACUGCAGCACGGAUGUUUGAGCUGCUCGUGAAGGGGGUGAAUGAGACGCUGGUAGCUCAGAGAGUGGUGCCGGCUCUCAUCACACUGUCUUCCGACCCUGAAAUCUCAGUGAGGAUAUCUACUAUCCCUGCCUUUGGUACCAUCAUGGAGACAGUCACCCAAAAAGAGCUGCUGGAGCGUGUAAAAAUGCAGCUGGCAUCAUUCCUGGAAGACCCUCAGUAUCAUGAUCAGCACUCUUUGCACAUGGAGAUCAUCAGGACGUUUGGAAGGGUUGGACCUAAUGCAGAGCCACGCUUUAGAGAUGAGUUCGUGUUACCGCAUCUACACAAGCUUGCGCUGGCUAACAACAGCCAGACGGUGGAGAGCAAGAGGAUUGACAUCGCCACCCAGCUGUUUGAGGCCUACAGUGCCCUCUCCUGCUGCUUCAUUUCUGAGGAGGUGAUGGUCAACCACUUCCUGCCUGGCCUCAGGUGUCUCCGCGCCGACAUGGAGCAGCUCUCUCCUGAGCACGAGGUUAUUCUGAGUUCUAUGAUCAAGGAGUGUGAAAUCAAGGUGGAAAACAGAGGAAUGGCAGACGCACAAGGCUCCAUGUCUAUCGCCUCCAGUUUGGUGGGUGAGGAUGCCAAAACCAAGUUCCUGAGCAAGAUGGGUCAGCUAACUACCUCUGGUGCAAUGCUGGCCAACGUCUUCCAGAGAAAGAAGUGAUCACAAUACUAACUGAUCGACCACUGCAAUUAACUGAUGAUUUCCUGCUGUCUUCGGGAGCAUUUCAUUCUACUGGGGGGAAAAAAAGCAUUGGUUCAGCUUUAAAUAUCAGAAAACCACGUGUAUUGCUUAUUCAAUUUCAAGAAAUCAAGGUUUGCUGAAAGUUGUGUUGAUUUAAAAUCUCCAGUGCAGCAGGACUCCAUGCUCUUCAAAGAUGAAAAGCAAUGUUUUUUUGCAGUGAAAGCUGAGGUUUUCCCCUCUGCUCAUUUUCCUCUCCUUAAUCAUGGCGAAAGCAUUGUCCAGGACUAGGGGGUUUGCUUUUUUGAAUCAGUGUUGUCAACAUUGUCAUUUCAGAAAGAUGGGAGAAAGAGGAAGACACUGAACAGUAUUGAGAUGCACCCAAAGUGACAACAAGGGACUUGUGUCCUGGACAUUUCAGGACUCGAAAGUAUCACCAACUUAAAAUUUGAUUUCAGCGCAGUACUUCUUGUGUCAGAAGAGCUUCACUCGUCUCUAGGAAACAAAACUCUGCCGGAUGCUGGAUUUCAUUUAGAAUUUUAAAACGACAUUUUGGAGAGAAGAGUUGUGCGAUAGAUGCAUUCACUUGCAUUUGUUAUAGAAUAACUGAAAGACAACUAAAUGGCUCUGUUUAGAAUGCCUUGUACAGUGUAUCUGUACGGUUCAGAAGUAUUGCAUACUUGAAGCUACGAGGAAAAUUGUCUUGCCUUUAUUUCUUUAAAGUCUGUCGCUGGUUUGUUUUGACAGCUUCUAUUUUAUAACUUAUUUAUGUCUAAAUGAAAAAAAAAAACUUAUUCUGACAUCCAAAGAAAUUUGCACUUCACUUUACUAUUUUGUUCUUUAUUAUACAGUAUAUAUUUGUUUUGAUUUAGAGUCUUAUACAUAAUGAACAUUAUCACUACUGUUAUUGUUUAUCCGUUUUGGCAAUGUGAAGUUAAAGAGAACACUGAUCAUAAUUAUUCCCUCUCUGUCCGUUGCAUCUUGUCUCUGUGUUGCAGUGUCUCUGAUAAUUGUACCUUUUUUUUCUAAAGUGGGUAUUUGGUUCUUUUUUUUGUUCUCUUUCAAUAUGCGCUAUGAGAAACAGUAAAUAACUGUAUCAUACACUGAACUGAAGAGGAUGGUACUCAUGUAUAUUUGAAAUCGGUGUCAUGGUGUAAUAAAAGAUGGAGAUCAGUUGUGUACUUAAAUAUA